AUGGCGACGGCAUAUGACCGUCAGAUGAAGUGGAAGCGGCAUGGGGAAAAGCGGAUCGCGUACGAAUCGAAGCGGCUGGAUGAUGCCAAGCACGAAGAGUGCACAUUUUCUCCACAGACAAACAAGCACGACGUCAAGCGUGUCGUGGAGGGUAGCAAGUUGACGGCGCAUUCUGAAAUCCACGCCACCCAGGUGCACGUGGCACGGCAGCAACGUGCACGAGUCAACUCGGACGAAGCCCUUCGAAAGCAAUUCUUUGCCUCGACGGGCAAAAAUUUUGAUGUAGUGACGACUGUGAAGCCAUUUCGAUUGAGCAAAUGCAACAAAACCCGACGGGAUUCGUCUCCGCCGUCCGUUCCAACGCUGACGCGUGCGCGGUCCGAGUCCCCGAAGAAGCACCCGCUCGACAUCCAUGCGAUGCCACUGGAGCGGCAAGGCCAAGACGCCAUCGACAACAACAAAGGGGGCGACGCAUCGCCUCCACCGCCUCCGACCUGGGACAAGGAGCGUGCAAGUUUGAUUGGGAUCAUUGAAGCCCAGCGACUGGAGCUCAAAGCUCGUGAAAGGGGACAGGUCGAAGCGGCCAAAAUCGCAGACAAGUUUGCAGCUGCCGUCCUCGCCUUUGAAGAGAGGCUCGUGGCAGUCGAAACAAAGGGCAAGGCGGAGGUGUCGGAGAUGCGAAAGGCGAUCGAAAAGCAGCAAAGCCACGUCCUCAUGAUCUUGCAUGCGUUGGGAAUCACUGUCGACGAAGCCAAGAUGCACGAGUGUCGGCCGCCGCGGCAGGUGCUCUUUCGAAAAGAGUACGAAAAAAGUAGUUCGUGAAUAAUCAUGUUGAGCGCAAUACUACCAUCCAAC